AUGACAGGGGCAUUUGCUCAUGGAGCUAUAUUUCUCAUUAGAGAUUAUAAUCCAGAACAGAAUAAGGAUAAUGUAUUGGCGAGAAUGUUGGAGCAUAAGGAAGCCAUAAUCUCUCAUUUGAGUUGGGUUAGUUUAUUCCUAGGUUUUCAUACCUUGGGACUUUAUGUUCAUAACGAUGUUAUGCUCGCUUUUGGUACUCCAGAAAAGCAAAUCUUGAUUGAACCCAUAUUUGCUCAAUGGAUACAAUCUGCUCAUGGUAAGACCUUAUAUGGUUUUGAUGUACUCUUAUCUUCAGCAAAUGAUCCAACAUUCAAUGCUGGCAAAAGCCUAUGGUUACCCGGUUGGUUGAGUGCUAUUAACGAUAAUAAAAAUUCACUGUUCUUAACAAUUGGUCCCGGAGACUUUUUGGUUCAUCAUGCUAUUGCUCUAGGUUUGCAUACAACUACAUUGAUUUUAGUAAAAGGUGCUUUAGAUGCGCGCGGUUCUAAGCUAAUGCCUGAUAAGAAAGAUUUUGGUUAUAGUUUUCCUUGCGAUGGUCCGGGACGGGGCGGUACUUGCGAUAUUUCGGCCUGGGAUGCUUUUUAUUUAGCAGUUUUCUGGAUGUUGAAUACCAUUGGAUGGGUUACUUUCUAUUGGCAUUGGAAGCAUAUUACCUUAUGGCAGGGAAAUGUAGCUCAAUUUAAUGAGUCUUCCACUUAUUUAAUGGGAUGGUUAAGAGAUUAUCUUUGGUUAAAUUCUUCACAACUAAUUAAUGGAUACAAUCCUUUUGGUAUGAACAGUUUAUCUGUAUGGGCGUGGAUGUUCUUAUUUGGGCAUCUUGUUUGGGCUACUGGAUUUAUGUUUCUUAUUUCUUGGCGUGGAUAUUGGCAAGAACUGAUUGAAACUCUUGCAUGGGCUCAUGAACGCACACCUUUGGCUAAUUUAGUUCGAUGGAGGGAUAAGCCGGUAGCUCUUUCCAUUGUUCAAGCGCGAUUAGUUGGAUUAGCUCACUUUUCUGUAGGCUAUAUAUUCACCUAUGCAGCUUUUUUAAUCGCCUCUACAUUAGGCAAAUUCGGUUAA